GGGAAGUUACGGGACAACAGUACACGACACGUAAUUCGAUAAUUUUACUAUGGAUCAAAAUUUAAAACUAUAUCGUUCAGAUCUUUAAAGGAAAAACAAUCACAUUUGAAGUUCAAUUUCUUGCAUGUUUGGAGUUGGAAGGAGGUUUUUUUGAUUUUACAUUUAUAUAUAGAGGGGUGGCUUUUACUCAAUUCUUAACUUACCACAUUUCCUCUUUUCCGUUUCAAUAAAUGCGCAUGCCUCAGCCAUAGGCAUUCAGCAUAACGACAGCAUAUACUGCUGAUCGUUUUUAGCAGAUUUUAACUCGUUCUCUGAUAGACGGUAUUGGAGCUAUGUCGUGGCCGCACUUUGCAAGGUCUGGCAGUCCGUCGGUAUCUUUAUUGCCCAUGGCCAACCUUCCAUCUGGAAAUGAUAGAUUGCCAAUUUCUGAACCAUCUUCGAGACCAAGAUCAAGAGACAGGGCCGACUCAAAGAGCAGACAUACCCGAUCCUCCUCAGCGGUGGCCAAAGUUAGUGAACGCCCAAUCUCAGCUGAACCAGAGAGGAGUCCGACUAAUGCGCAACAGUCAACAGCAGAUGAAUUCUCAUCCCUUACGCCUGUGGAGACGGCAGAGCGAUUGCAGACCUCACUCACAGUAGGCCUGACACCGGCCGAAGCCCUUUCUAGAUUACACGAUCAAGGACCUAACGAACUUCCUCUCGAUCCUCCCGAACCGUUAUGGCUGCGAUUUAUCAAGCAAUUUAAAGAAACUUUAAUCCUUCUGUUGUUGGGCUCCGCUGUAAUGUCGGUGAUAGCUGGAAACAAAGAUGAUGCAAUCAGUAUUGCCGUUGCAGUUACAAUUGUGGUUACAGUAGGAUUUGUUCAAGAAUAUCGCUCUGAAAAGUCGAUCGAGGCACUGAACCACUUAGUCCCCAAUCAUGCACAUAUAAUACGAGGAGAAAUGAGAUCUACCACACCUAGAACACCGGCAUGGCCUCCUAGCGCCCGAAAAGUACCAGAGAUGGAUUCAUUAAUGGCGGAUUCUGGAUUUGACGCGGAUUCCAGUCUGGCAGAAAUUGUAUCGCAUAAAACCAUGGCAUCGAAACUGGUUCCUGGAGAUCUUGUUUUAUUUACCACUGGAGAUCGCAUACCAGCCGAUAUUCGUGUCACAAAGGCUUCAGAUUUAACAAUUGAUGAGUCUAAUUUGACUGGUGAAAAUGAGCCGGUCCGUAUUACUGCGGAAGCUAGGCAUAUAGAGUUUAGACCUGGAUCUAGCUCACUAGAACCACCGUCCCUCAAUUUUCCGUCCCCAGCAAGUGGAACAGUAGGUGCCGAUAUUAGUCUGAAUAGCACGACCAAUAUCGCCUUCAUGGGAACACUUGUGAGAUCUGGACAUGGCCAAGGUAUUGUUUAUGCGACAGGUGGAAAUACUCAUUUUGGGACAAUCGCUGCAAGCGUAUCGGAGACGGAAAGCCCUAGAACCCCUCUACAGCUUUCAAUGGAUGCUCUAGGAAAUCAAUUAAGUCAGGCUUCUUUCGUUAUCAUUGCGGUAAUUUCUCUAGUUGGAUGGUUACAAGGAAAAGCAUGGUUGGAUAUAUUUACAAUUUCGAUAUCCUUGGCUGUGGCAGCUAUUCCCGAGGGUUUGCCAAUCAUUGUUACCGUCACUUUGGCUCUCGGCGUACAUCGAAUGGCGCGACAAAAUGCUAUAGUACGAAAAAUGCCAAGCGUCGAAACUCUUGGAUCGGUCAACGUGGUCUGUAGUGAUAAAACAGGUAUGAUCUCUAUUCAUAUAACUUGACCAAAAUGCUAAGGUUAACAGGUACUCUUACCAUGAAUCAUAUGACCACCGUGAAAAUGUGGUAUUUCGAUGCCGAAGCUCCAUUAGAUGUUGAUUCGGAUGAUGAAACAGUGGAAGCUAAAGGUGAUACUGUUGCACUUCGAAUUCUUCGUAUUGGGAAUAUAGCUAACAAUGCACGACUAACUCAUCUUCACGCUCCAUCGGCAUCAUCGGUAGCUAUAUUGUCGUCUACUCAGGGUCGUGCUUCAAAUCAGGUCUUGAAGAGCAGGUGGGUUGGUCAGCCCACUGACGUUGCAAUGCUUGAUAUGCUGGACCGUUUUAAGGAACACGAUGUCCGUGAAGGCUUAGGGCAUCGUAUCGGAGAGACCCCAUUCAGUUCUGAAAAGAAGUGGAUGGGUGUGACCAUUGGAGAUUUGGGUCCGGAAGGCACAUCAAGCCCGAAGGAGCAUGCUUAUAUUAAAGGAGCCAUAGAGCGAGUGCUAGAAAGGUGUGAUACAUAUCUCACAAAAGAUGGCCGUGAAGUUCCUUUGGAUGCCUCAAAAAGACAACAAGCGUUACAAGCUGCAGAUAAACUUGCCUCUGAAGGACUUCGAGUUCUCGGUUUUGCUAGUGGUCCAGUUGCCAAGCACGCAAAAUCUUUGGCUCCGCAAAGCCGAAGUGGAACGCCAGUCUUAAAUUUAGACCACCAUGUAUCGCACAACGAAGAUGUCUAUAAUGGUCUCACAUUUGCUGGAUUGGUUGGUAUGAGUGAUCCGCCACGACCAGGUGUUUCAAAAUCAAUUCGAAGACUUAUGCGAGGUGGUGUCAAGGUCAUCAUGAUUACUGGUGACGCAGAAACCACUGCCCUUGCCAUUGCAAAAAAACUUGGGAUGUAUAUUGCAGCACCACGUGGCCAUACAAUAAAUUCUGCUGAAGUUCGACCUGUAUUACGAGGUGACGAGAUUGAUGAUAUGACCAACGAAGAGCUACAAACUGCCAUAGCGCACACUUCCGUAUUCGCUAGAACCAGCCCAGAUCACAAGAUGAAAAUUAUCAGAGCUCUGCAAGCUCGAGGCGAUAUUGUCGCAAUGACGGGCGAUGGUGUCAAUGAUGCGCCUGCGCUCAAGAAAGCCGAUAUUGGCAUAUCGAUGGGGUUACAAGGAACAGAUGUCGCCAAGGAAGCCGCAGAUAUGAUAUUGACAGAUGACGACUUUUCAACUAUUCUCAAAGCAAUUGAAGAGGGCAAGGGAAUUUUCAGCAACAUAAAAAACUUCCUUACAUUUCAACUUAGCACAAGUGCUGCGGCACUUAGCUUGGUAUUAGUUUGCACGUGUUUGGGAUUUAAAAAUCCUUUAAAUGCGAUGCAGAUCCUUUGGAUUAGUAGGUAAAAUAUUUGCAUUGCAUUACAUUUAUACUAACGGCUUCUCUAGAUAUCAUCAUGGAUGGACCUCCGGCUCAAUCAUUAGGCGUGGAGCCUGUGGACCCAGAUGUUAUGAACAAACCACCCCGAGUGAGAAAUGCUCCUGUACUUACAAGGGCGCUGAUCGCUCGAGUUCUUACAUCCGCCACAAUCAUCAUGUUAGGUACAAUGGCAGUUUACACUCACGAAAUGCUCUCGGAUGGCCAAAUUAGUAAGAGGGAUACAACAAUGACAUUUACCUGCUUCGUUCUUUUUGAUAUGUUCAAUGCGUUGAACUGUCGUUCAGAAUCAAAGUCAAUCCUCAGAGGUGAGGUCGGACUAUUUUCAAACAAAUUAUUCAAUUGGUCAGUAUCUUUAAGUCUUGGUGGACAAAUAUUGGUCAUAUACUUCCCUUGGCUUCAGGAGGUGUUUCAAACAGAAGCUUUGGCACUCACGGAUUUGGUGGGCUUGGUGAUUUUAACAAGUUCCGUAUUCUGGGCGGAUGAAGCAAGAAAAUGGUGGAAAUACAGGAGUAGGAGGACCCUUGGCAGUGGGUAUAGCCAAAUCGUAUAAAUGGAAUAAGUGGCUUUGAAUGCCUGUUGUAUUCAUAGAUUUAGUUGCAUAGAUGCGCAAGCGUAUACAUGUAGCAAAUGAAAAUAAGGAGGAUAUAAAAUGAGUUAUCAAUUAU